GCCGCAUCAGCCGCGGCAUACGGCUGCUGCUGCGGCAUAACCUGAGCGCUAAGAGGCGAAGAGCUGAUGCUGCAGCAGCCGAUGCGGACGCGCACGCCUGCCGUUUGCCUCGCCGGCGCUCGACCGGCAGCGGCUGCGCUCACCAGCACGCAUCGCGCAUGCCAGCAGCUUCCGAACAUCCCCUGGGGCAGUACCGCCUUGGAGUGGAGCGAGGCCGACGUCGGUGCAGCUCUGCAGGGCCCAGCUUCCCACGCGACGGCAGCUCGUACCACCCUCACGCCGCCGUCGCCCCGCCCAUUCGCAUCUUGCCGCGGCCAGCCAAAAUACUCGGCUCGCGACAGGCCUCUGCCGCGCAGAGUCUGCGACGCACGAGGGAGGUGAAGAGAGUGUGUUUUAGGACACGCGGCUGGGUAACGAGUAUGCGCGCGCGCGGCGAAGGCCGGGCGUCGUGGAGCGACGGCGUAGGGACAGAGAGAUCGUACAGCGAGAGAGUCGAGCAAUCAAGGAGCGAGAGUGUCGAGUAAGGCAUGGCACCGUCUGAGAUGCUUGCGGGCACC